AUGUCGAAAUCGUCCUCGUCUCGCGAUCAGGAUGUGGACUUCAACACCAACAACAAAGCAGUCACCUACGAGUCUCUCCAGUUCAUCGAACCAAGUCAGACUCCUCCGGCGUACAUCAGUCACAGAAGAGUUGGCUUGAAGACAAUCAGCUUUCUCUUUGCAUGCAUCUUCCUUCCGCUGAUCGCAUUCUCGAUUGUUAUACUUUGGCUGAUCUUCCACUACCGCGUCACACCAGACAACUCCUCCUCGUUUCCAGACCUACAAGCAGGGCCAAAUGAAAAUGAGGGACCAUACUACUAUGUCAACUUUUCUGCUACGCAAAUCCUGUUCAUCGCCUCAUGGAGUAGUACUGUUGCUCCCAUAUCGGUUGGUGCGGUGAUGACACUAUCGUUGUUCCCUAUAUCGAGGAAAUUAUUCCAGAUAUCCCUCUCUCAAAGCUUGCAACGACUUCCUACGCCUUACCAGUUCUCGCUCCUCCUGGGACUUUCGGAAGGCAACAAGCGAUCAUGGUGGAAUUUUCUGAGAUAUUCGUUUCGCAAAAAGAGAGCUAGACACUCGACUGGACUCAAGAUAUCUGCGCUCAUCUACUCGAUAGCGGUCAUCAUCUCGACUUUGAUUGUGAUCGUAGACACUGUUUUGCAUAUCACCACAAAGACAGUCUCAAUCUACAAGAUAACUGCCAUUCCAUCACCAAACGUCACCUUCGGCAAGGGACUCACCUCAGACUGCGCGAACUGGACCGCACAAACAGACUACACAGGAGUCACACCUCUCGCCUACCCCUGCACCGUCUUCGAAGCCGUUACCUCCGCCGGUAUGCUCAACGGCAAUGAAGUGUACAAAACAAUCAACAAUAUAUCAACCGAGAACCAGGUCUUUCAAGUCUCGACCGGCAACGCUACAACAGGCGAUCUCUUCAUCCUAGGCCCGGGGCAAGGUCAGAACCCGAUAGACUCAGACUACAAAGCAACAACGAUUGGAGUGUCAACCAGCUGUGAGGCUAUCAGUACUCUGUGUAACCUCGAGGCACCAGAAGGAGCUGCCACCAUCUUCAAUUGUAGCUCAGGCUGGGGCGGUAACAUCGAAGUUCCGGAAUUUACACCCACUGCUUUAAUUCAUACCAGCGCUUAUGACUCGCAGACUGAGCUGCCCGAAAACUACACAAGCAUGCACAACAACUUCGGUCUCGGAGUCUUCGCAGAUCAGAAUCUCACCAAGGCUUACGAUUUCAUCGGAUACAAUGCAAGUCUCGGUCAUACGACACCCAAUCCAUUCUAUCUUGGUGCUGCGGCUUUGGUGCAAAGUGCGGGUGCGAGUCUGGCCAAUGACUCGGAGUUGGUGAAUGGUGGACAUGGAGGCUACGCAUUCGUGUUGAGAUGUGAGGUUCAUACAUACGAUGUUACUUAUUCGUACGUGAACGGCACUGUCCCUUCCGCUUCUGUUGCCGCGGUGCCGAAUAACGGAACGAUGGGAUGGAAUUUUCUGGGUCCUAUGUCGUAUCAACAAGAGAGAUUGGCACAAUUGGUGGAUUUAGCUGGUGUUCAGGAUACUUCCACAGAGCUUGCACUCUCGUACGGAAAUUCGUUCAGUGGGUUCGCAGUGGCACUUUUGGCAGGAGCAUAUGACGGCCGAACGGUCUUGGAGCAACAAAUUCGAAACGAGCUGCUCGUUGCAAAAGUUCUGAAGAGUAUGAUUUGGCUGUUGGUGUUGUUCAACAUGCUGUUCGCACUCGGUGGUGCUGUGAUAGCUGUCUGGGCGUUCUUGGUGGCAAUGACGGGAAUAGGAGAUGCGCAUGCCCUGUUUAGCCUUGAAGAAGUGGUGGGAAUGUGCUUUGAGAGGGAGAAAUUCGAGGCAAGAGGGGAGGUAGAGGAGAGAUUUGAGGAGCAGAGAGUUGGUGAGAUGAGCGGGAGGGUCGGGGUUGCAAGGAGAGAGGACGGGUGGGCGUUGCAGAGAGUCAAUGUCCACAGCUGA